CUUUUUCACUCUCUCAACCUUAUCUUUCAUCAUCUCUAAUGGUUAAAAUGUUGAACAAGUAUACACACUUGUAUGUAUGUAAAUGGAAUUGAAAGGCUUCUUAGCCAUAAUGAUCAUAUUUCUUUCGGCAGCCAACUAAACUCGCACAGUUUUAAUAAUUCAACAAAAAACAUCAAAGUAAACUUGUCAUCAGAAAAGGCUACAAGAAUACUAAUGGCAACAGAAAGUACACCAUUAACAAGCGAUGACUUCUCCUCGAUUUCCGCUUUACCAUAUGAAUCGUUUUCAAAAUAUGAUACUGAGCGAUCAACUGUUAAAGCUAAAUAUUAUAUCUGCGCAGUGAUUUCGACUCUAGUGAUAAUGAUUGUGAUACUGGGAAUAACAUUCUACCCACCCAAGGAAACAGUACAGUCUGAUGAAUCCACGAAUGUCUUAUUGCGACUCAAAUGGCCAUUGAUGGAAAACUCAGCAUUAGACACAGUAGAUGAGGUGGCAGCAACAUCAAUUAUUCAGAAGACUGUUAUAAAUGCGACUGGGGACUACUUAAAGUCCGCGGUAGAAGAAGGAUAUAAAAGUUUGAAAGCCAAAGAGGAUUUAGAAAAAAACUUUCCAACAAUUGAUGAAGGGACUCCAUCAUACCGUCACCAGCAAGUGAUGAAGUCCGGGCCAGAAUCGAUACGAAUCGCGCGGCAUGGUUACAUCGAAAAUAUAGCUACUGAAAAAUUAAGGGCAGCGUUAAAUAUUUCAAAAGAAAACAACGUUAUAAUUUCUUCACCAAAUAUCACAAUAUUUACCAAACCUGAGUGCAAUAAUAGGACGCCCAUUGAUUGUCAGGUACAAUCUCGUUACAGAACAGUUGAUGGAACAUGUAAUAAUAUUUUAGAACCGCGAAGGGGUUCUUCUUUAACACCAUAUCGUAGAGUUAUUCCUGCAGAUUAUUCAGAUGGAGUCUGGAAGCCAAGGAAGUCAACAGAUUGUCUCGAUUUGCCAUCAGCAAAUAUUAUUGCUAAUGAAAUUCAUCGACCAUCCUUCGCAGAAGAUAAGAACUUUACAGUAAUGUUAGCGGUUUGGGGACAAUUUAUGGAUCAUGAUAUAACAGCUACAGCGCUGAGUAGAGGCCAUAAUGGGAAUUCAAUAUCUUGUUGUGGAUCAAACAACAUUACGCAUCCUGAAUGUUUUCCAGUAGUUUUACCAUCAGCAAAAAAUAAUUGUGGACAAUGUAUGGAAUUCGUGAGAUCUGCCCCAGCGUCAACAUGCAGUUUUGGCCCCAGGGAACAACUCAAUCAGGCUAGUUCAUUUUUGGACGGAUCUUCGGUGUAUGGUAAUUCACAAGACUUACAAAAUGAUCUCAGAUCGUGGAAAGAUGGGAAAAUGAAAGUUUUCAUUACAGAAAAUGGAGCUCAGUUAUUACCACCUAACAAAGACCCAAGUGACGGAUGUAACGAUAAAAAUGAAAUGGAAAAAGGAAGAUAUUGUUUCUUGUCAGGUGACGCCAGAGCUAAUGAAAACAUGCAUUUGACUACUUUACAUUUAAUUAUGGUUCGCCAACAUAACUUAAUAGCAAGUAAACUAAUACUAAUGAACAAACAUUGGUCGGAUGAACAAAUUUUUCAAGAAACUAGACACAUUGUUACAGCUCAAAUACAGCAUAUAACCUAUAAUGAAUUUUUACCAAUUAUUUUAGGUGAUGACCUUAUGAAACAUUUAAAACUUUAUUCUCAAAAAGGUGAAUAUUGGACUGGAUAUAAUUCUUUGACAGAUCCUAGUAUCAGUAACAAUUUUGCAACAGCUGCUUUUCGUUUUGCACAUAGUCUUAUACCGAGUAUUACAAAAUUCUUGAAAGAUGACGAUAGUAAUCCGGAAUAUGUGGAAAUGAGAAAAAUGUUAUUCAACCCGUAUAAGCUGUAUACGUGCGGUGGGGUUGACAGUGUCAUUAGAGGAGCAAUGAACACUAGUGCUGGAAGAGCUGAUGCAUAUUUUACACCCGAAAUAACAAGACACCUAUUCGAAAAAACUGGUUCAAAUAGUCAGAAAGGUCAGUGUGGUUUAGACUUAGUAUCAUUAAACAUUCAAAGAGGACGGGACCACGGUUUACCAGCUUACCCUCAUUGGAGAAAAUUCUGCGGGUUUCCAAUGCCUCAAAGCUUCGACGAUUUAAAUAAUGUUAUUGAAUUUACGACGUUACAGAGAAUGAAAAUGAUAUACAAGUCAGUGAACGACAUAGAUGCAUACACGGGAUUGGUUUCAGAGAAACCUAUACGUGGAGGUUUAUUAGGACCAACAAUCACUUGUCUGCUGGCUGAUCAAUUUCUUAGAAUUAAAGAGGGUGACCGAUACUGGUACGAAACCGAUGAGAAACCGCAAGCUUUUGACGAAGAUCAACUGUUAGAAAUUCGAAAGACCACAUUUGCUUCAAUAAUUUGCGACAAUUCCGACGAAAUUACAACCAUUCAGCCGUACGUGAUGCACAAUUCCCUGAAAAUUGGCAAUGAAAGGAUAAGCUGUGCCAGUUUAAUAAAAAUGUCUCUUGAUCCGUGGAAAAGUAAAGAAAACAACACAACUACUGCAAACACUGAUGAAAAAUCACAGCAAACGUCAACUAAACAUGUAUAAUCAUAUUAGAAUCAAAAAUUAAUUAUACCCACAACCCGAAAAAGCAAUAAUAAAUUAAGGGUAUUGUAUUAUUAUAUUUUGAAUGUUUUUAACAAUUCUAAGACCAUUAUGAUACCAUCAUACUAUAAAUUCAUUUUCAAUAAUAAUUUAAUAAUAAUUCUUACUUAAUCAUCUGUGUAAAAGCACCAAUCUAAAUAUUUUUAUUUGAAAAAUAUUUGACACUUUUAGAUAAAACUAAAUGUGUUAUUUUUUUCUCUUUUUUUUUACAAUAAAGAGAGGACUUUAGUGAAUG